AUGACAUUCGGGAGUGUUUCAUUAGAAGAUACUGGAGUCUUGUUGGGAGGAUGUGGAUCACUGCAGACAUUUCUCUUGUAUUACGGCAUUAUGGAGAUGCCUGACUGUGGGGGACAGUUGACCUUCACGGAUGUGGCCGUAGAGUUCUCUCAGGAGGAGUGGGAGUGGCUGGACCCCGCUCAGAGGGCUUUGUACAAGGACGUGAUGCUGGAGACCUACAGGAACCUGGUCUCCCUGGGUGAGGAUAACGUCCCUCCAGAAGUCGGGAUCUGCCCCAAUGGCUUUGCUGCAUUCAUGGUAAAGGAGUUAUUACCAAAGAAAGACAUUAAUGAUGGAGAAUUAUACCAAUCUAUGAUCUUAGGAAGAUCUGAAAGCCAUGGCCUUGACGAUUUUGACUUCAGGGAAAUUUGGGGAAAUAUGUAUGAAUUUGAGAGCAAGUGUGGAUAUGAAGAAAGAAAUUCAAAAGAAAAAACAAAAAUUAGAGAAAAACCAUACAAAUGCAAUGAAUGUGGAAAGACUUUCAGGCAUCAUUCAGUCCUUACUAGUCAUCAGAGAAUUCAUUCUGAACAGAGACCUUACAAAUGUAAUGAGUGUGGUAAAGCCUUUAAGCAGUUCUCAAACCUCACAAGACAUCAGAGAAUCCGAACUGGAGAGAAACCGUAUAAAUGUAAUAUACGUGACAAGGUCUUUAAUCAAAAUUCCCACCUUACAAACCAUUGGAGAAUUCAUACUGGAGAAAAAGCACACAAAUGUCACAAAUGUGGUAAGGCUUUAAUCAAAUGCUCAGACCUCUGGCAUCAUGAGAGAAUUCAUACAGGAGAGAAACCUUAGAAAUGUAAUGAAUGUGGUAAGGGUUUUACCAAACGUUCAUAUCUUUGGGAUCACAAGAGAAUCCAUACUGGAGAGAAACCAUACAAAUGUAUUGAAUGUGGCAAGGCUUUUAUCCAUAUUUCAAGCCUUGUGAAACAUCAGAAAAUUCAUUCUGGAGAAAAACCACACAAAUGUAAUGAAUGUGGUAAGGCUUUUAUCGAAAGUUCAAGUCUUGUGGAACAUCAGAGAAUUCAUACUGGUGACAAACCUCAUAAAUGUAAUGAGUGUGGCAAAGCCUUUACCGUGCAUUCAAGCCUAACUAAACAUCAGAGAAUUCAUGGAAGAGAGAAACCUUACAAAUGUAAUGAGUGUGGCAAAUCCUUUAACUGGUGUUCACGCCUUACUCAACACCAGAGAAUCCAUACUGGGGAGAAACCAUAUGAGUGUAAUGUGUGUGGCAAGGCUUUUAGUCAAAAUUCAAACCUUACAAUUCAUCGAAUUCAUACUGGAGAGACACCUUACAAAUGUAAUAAAUGUGACAAAGCCUUUAAGCAGUAUUCGAGCCUCAUAAGACUUCAGAAUAUGCAUCCUGGAGAGAAACCACACAAAUGUACUGUGUGUGGGAAGGCCUUUAUCAAACGUUUGCACCUCUGGGGUCAUGAGAGAACAUAUACUGGAGAGAAACCUUACAAAUGUACUGAAUGUGGCAGGGCCUUUAGACAAAGGUCUGACCUCAGGAUUCACCAAAGAAUUCAUACUAAAGAGGAACCUUAGAAAAGUAAUGAAUGGUGGGGCGCCUGCGUGGCUCAAUCAGUUAAGUGACUGACUUCAGCUCAGAU